AUGAUACUAACGGUCGUAUUUGUGACCAAUAUUGCAUAUGGCCAGAAAGUGAUAUUUGAUAGAGUCCAACCGUUCCAGCAUGAGUCUCUUAAUAUCGCCGACACAAACGUCGGAGAAGUAGAGGUGACAUGCGCGCCGAACCUGAUGUGCAUUACCUUUGGAAACAACAACGAGUUCUUCGCACGGGACAUCAUCACCAAAGAAAAUUAUUCAGCAGAGGACUUCGCGGUGGAGAAUCCAUGUGCGGCAGAACGAGAGUUAACCGACGAGUCGUCGAAAUACUGUGUUCAUCCUGACUGCCCUUUUACAGAUGGCUUUAUGAAGAAUGGGACCCACGCAACAUUCAGAACAAAGCUGCGAACAUCGCAAAACUACACACAAGUAUUAUUUGAAGCUAGCCCUAAGAAUCAAAUCGAAAUCAACUUCCAGUGCAGCUAUCCCUUGGAAGUUCUCCUCACAAGGGAUUUCACGCUCAACUACCAAGAAAUAACGAUUACAGAACAGGGAAACUUUGCGGCUAGCAUGUAUCUUUAUACAAAAGAUUUCGGAAACGUCAUCGUCGAUACCAAACCAAUCCUCCAAGGAAAAGAUGAAAACGGCGCGAUCAGUCGAAUCUCAGCAGAAGUACAACUGUUAUCUUUGGAGAAGUCCGGCAUGUUCGUAGAAUUGCGAGACUGCUGGGCGACCCCAGAUGCAAACUCAGCCAACAUUAACCGCGUUUCUUUGAUUCGUAACGGUUGCCCGGUCGAAGAUAGAUCGCUUAAUGUCCUUAUCCAUAAUUCAGCGGACGAUUACUAUGCCCGCUUCAGCCAUGAUAUUUUUGCUUUUUCUUCUUCAAACGAGGUUCAUUUGCAUUGCUCGAUUGAAGUUUGUGCGAAUGAUUGGUGCAACACCGUCAAUGAUAACUGCCAAAGCUCUUCCCUGCGGAGAAAAAGACGCGCUAUUCGUGGAGAAGUUCAAAAAGUCACUGAACUUGUGAUCUCUGCCUCACCCGCCUUCACGUACGACUACCAAGACCCUUCGCUUCGUUUCGUCGAUGGACAUCGCGACGAUGAAGAUAUUAUCAGAACAAUUUUAGAUUCUAGCGCAGGCGUCACCGCUGAUUUCUUCUCCGUCAGUCUGUUGAGCGCACUGGCAGCUAUGGGUACACUCUUAAUCAUCCUCAUCGUGCGCGUUGUUCAAAGAUCAAGGCGAUUCGAAAAACUGUAA